AUGGCAAAAAGCAUUCUCAAGCAAUCAUUGCAGGGCCUUGCAUUUCUCCACAAAAAUGGUAUCGCCCAUGGAGACUUCCAGCCUGGAAACAUGCUUUUUACGCUUAAUGGUAUCGACCCGACUCCCGAGGACGAGCUUAGGCAAAAGGAAGAUGUGAAAGCCCGGUCGAUCUCGUCCCCGGUACAGAGGCUGGACGGUAAACAAGAUAAAUGGUCACCUCCCUAUCUUUGCGUUGUACAGCCGCUGUUGCCAUUCGCCUUUUACACCGAAGGUUUCAAGAUUAAAUUAUCCGAUAUGGCGGUGGUCAGUCCUUCCAAUUCGUAUCCAGAUUUCUUUACCGACCCGCCGACAAAGCCCGUUACUCCACGUGGUCUUCGAGCUCCCGAGUUGAUUCUAACCGGAGCCGUCGACAAUACCAUGGAUAUCUGGAGUUUCGGCUGCCUUGUCUUUGAGCUCAUCACCGGACAGCCACUCUUCUGUAUACCAGGUUCCAAGUAUGAAGAUGACGAUCAUCUCUUCUCCCUUACCGCCCGUCUCGGCGCCCUCCCCGACGAGUUAUUCAAGCAUUGGAAGAACUCAUCGCCAUAUGUUACGCUCGAGAGGAAGCUCUUCAACUGUCGGCUUGGAGGAGUCGAUCCGGGACAGGAACCGCUUUUGGGGGAGGAGAUGUCUAUGGAAGAGCUAUUUGAUAUGGCAGGUCCAGAUUUUGACGAGGAGGAAGCCCGGAAAGUGAAGGCGCUCAUUCGAUGGAUUUUGCAAUAUAAUCCCACAAAGAGACCUUCCCCUGCGAAGAUCUUAGCUGAUCCAUGGUUCUGCGAGAUCGAUGUGGAGAAUAACUCGUCCAAGGUAUCUAUAGUCUAA